GAAUCCUGAGUGUAAUGCCACACAUGUGAAUAUGGAAGAAUUUAUUCGUUUUGCUGAAUGCAUUGGGUAAUAUGCUGUCAUUGUUUUACAAGAGGACUGUUAACUAGUAUGACUUCUUUUAUUUCGUUUCCCUCUGAGCACCCAACCAUUCUAGAAGGCAGGGGCCAUUUCUGGGUUAUUUACUAAUGUAUUUCAAUACCUGGUACAUAGAAAUCAACAAUAGUUCUUUGAAUGGAGAAACGAACCUCUAUAAUUGUGUGAUUUUAUGAUUAUAUUACUCCCCCAAAUGAUUUCCAGACUCUCAAUAGCAGAAUAUAUGUAUGGGUAUCGCAUAUGUGCACAACAGCAUCCUUAAAUUUCAGCUCACAUAGAGAAUUGAACCGUCUAGCAAUUCUUUUGAAUGCUGAAACACUUGGUGGCGCUGCAGGAUAAGGCUUUCAAAAAGAAAAAGCUCCACUUCAGAUUUCCGGUGGAGACAGAGCCCGCAAGCAGAGCUGAGGACCUGUGAGUCUCAACAGAAAGCUACUCGUCAUCAUUUCCGGACAGGUUAUCAAUGGACUGAUCUUUCAUUGCCUCAGACCCCUCAAUCUCCAACAUAGAGCCGCGCCCUAUUCAUCGAAGGCGUUUGCAGAAGAUGGAGGACCAAGGGAAGCGCUCUCCUCAGCAAAGGCAAGUCCUGCUUCUGUUUCUCUUUCUGGGAGUGACUCUGGCCGGCUGCGAACCCCGGCGUUAUUCUGUGCUGGAGGAAACAGGAAGCGGCUCCUUUGUAGCCAACUUGGCCAAUGACCUGGGGCUGGGAGUGGGGGAGCUGGAGAGGCGCGGAGCCCGGGUGGUCUCAGAGGAUAGCGAGCCAGGCUUACAGCUCAAUACGCAGACAGGGGAGUUGAUAUUAAAUAAGAAAUUGGACCGAGAGGAGCUGUGCGGCUCUGCUGAGCCCUGUGUAAUGCCCUUCCAAGUGGUCCUGAAGAAACCAUUAGAAGUAUUUCGAGCUGAGCUCCUCGUGAGAGACAUAAAUGAUCAUUCUCCAGAGUUUCCUGAAAGAGAAAUGACCCUGCGAAUCCCAGAGAGUAGCCCGAAUGGGACUGUAUUUCCUCUGAAAAAAGCCCAGGACUUGGACGUGGGCAACAAUGACGUUCAAAAGUACACUAUCAGUCCCAACUCUCAUUUCCACGUUUCCACCCUCAAGUUGGGGGAUGGCAGGAAAUACCCUCAGCUGGUGUUGGACAAAGAGCUGGAUCACGAGGAGCAGCCCGAGUUCCGAAUAACAAUCACUGCUCAGGAUGGCGGCUCUCCACCGAGGUUCGGCACCGCGCAGAUCCGCAUCUUGGUCAUGGACAUCAACGACAACGCCCCGGAGUUCUCCAAGACGCUCUAUGACGUGCAAGUCCCAGAGAACAGCCCCAUAGGCUUCCUGGUUGCCAAGGUCUCUGCUAGGGAUUUGGACACUGGGAUUAAUGGAGACAUAUCAUACUCGCUUUUCUAUAAUUCUCCAGAGAUUAGCAAAACUUUUGAGCUGAGCCACCUCUCAGGAGAAAUUCGACUAAUUAAAAAAUUAGAUUUUGAAGCAAUAUCUUCAUAUGACCUGCAUAUCGAGGCGUCCGAUGGCGGGGGGCUGUCUGGGAAAUGCUCUGUUUCUAUCAAGGUGCUGGAUGUCAACGAUAAUGCCCCAGAACUUACUAUUUCCUCACUUACCAGCCCUAUUCCCGAAAACUCCCCCGACACAGAAGUGGCACUGUUCAGGGUUCGAGAUCGAGACUCAGGGGACAACGGAAGAAUUAUUUGCUCCAUCCAGAGUGACCUCCCCUUUCUUCUGAAGCCAUCUACAGAGAAUUUCUACACUCUGAUAACAGAUGGGGCACUGGACAGAGAGGCCAGAGCCGAGUACAACGUCACCAUCACCGUCACUGACUUGGGGUCCCCCAGGCUGAAAACCGAGCACACCAUCAGGGUGCUGGUCUCCGACGUCAAUGACAACGCGCCCACCUUCACCCAAACCUCCUACACGCUGCCCGAGGGCGCCCGCGACCAGGCGCAGGCCGACGGGCUCACGGUCUACCUGGUCAUUGCGUUGGCCUCGGUGUCUUCGCUCUUCCUCUGCUCUGUGCUCCUGUUUGUGGCUGUGAGACUGUGCAGGAGGAGGAGGGCCGCCUGGGAGGGUAGCUGUUCGGUGCCUGAGGGACACUUCCCAAGCCACUUGGUGGACGUGAGCCGCACAGGAACCCUGUCCCAGAGCUACCAGUAUGAAGUGUGUCUGACAGGAGAUUCAGGGACCAAUGAAUUCAAAUUCUUGAAGCCUAUCUUCCCCAAUCUCCUACCUCAGGAGCCUGAGAGGAAAAUAGAGGAAAAUCUUGCCUUUCCUAAUAAUUUAGGUUUCUGAAACGCCCUUGCCGUGUAUAUUGUUUUUCUCUUUCAUGGUUUCUUUUUAAAGCCCAGUAAUAAUCUAAUUCUAUCUUAUUUUCAGUUUUUUUCUUUACUGUCACUCUUGACUUUAUUGGUUGGUUGUCCUAUAUGUUUUUUCCGGUUAUUAUUUUAUUGGCUAACAAUGUUCAUAAUUCAUAUUACUAAUUAAAAUUCUAGUACUCAUUUCAGAAGGAUAAAAUGAUAAUGCCUUCUAAUAAGCAUAGUUCUAAUUGUAAAAGCAUAUUUCUACUAUAUGAGAUUGCAUAAGAAUUUGUUGUUUCCUUUUUGUCCUAGGUUAUUUUUUUAUUGCUCGGAAGUUAGUUUUAGUCUUCUAAGGACCAAUAGACUCUCGAACAAAAUAACAUGCUGCUUUAAAUUCUCUUUUAGUAUAUCAGGAACAUUCUCAAUAAGUUCCAAAUACUGGACCUAGAGGGAUUUUUUGCAUGUGCAGUAUGCCAAUAUCUAUAUGCCUUUUGGAUGAAGAUAUUGUUCUAGGAGAUAAAGUACAUUAUAGAAUUAAAAGUAGUUAACAAGACCGACAUUAUCAGAGGAUUGUUGAUUGGAAAACAAACAAAAAUUCACUGACAUUGAGUAGAUUUCAACUCAUAACAUCCCUGUGCCUGUAAAUCUUUA